UCAAACCAAUCCGUGCCAAAACCCAAUCUACUCCCACUUCUUUCUCUCCUCUUUCUCAAACCAAAUCUGCGGGUGCGAGAUGGAUCCGGUGAACUCAUGGGGAAACACGCCACUCGACACAGUGGACCCCGAGAUCCACGAUCUCAUCGAGAAGGAGAAGCGUCGGCAGUGCCGAGGAAUCGAACUGAUCGCCUCGGAGAAUUUCACUUCAUUCGCCGUCAUCGAAGCCCUCGGCAGCCCCCUCACCAACAAAUACUCCGAGGGGAUUCCCGGUAACCGCUACUACGGCGGCAACGAGUUCAUCGACGAGAUCGAGAAUCUCUGCAGAUCGAGGGCUCUGAUUGCGUACCGUCUGGACCCCACCAAGUGGGGCGUCAAUGUCCAGCCGUACUCCGGCAGUCCGGCGAAUUUCGCGGCCUACACGGCGGUGCUCAACCCGCAUGACAGGAUCAUGGGGCUGGAUUUGCCGUCGGGGGGGCAUUUGACGCAUGGGUAUUAUACGUCUGGGGGGAAGAAGAUUUCGGCGACUUCGAUUUAUUUUGAGAGUUUGCCGUAUAAGGUGAAUUCGACGACUGGGUAUAUCGAUUAUGAGAAGCUGGAGGAGAAGGCUUUGGAUUUUAGGCCUAAGUUGAUUAUUUGUGGUGGAAGUGCUUAUCCUAGAGAUUGGGAGUAUAAGAAGCUCAGAGAGGUUGCUGAUAAGUGUGGGGCGCUUUUGCUCUGUGAUAUGGCUCAUAUUAGUGGCCUUGUUGCUGCUCAGGAAGCUGCUGAUCCUUUUGAGUACUGUGACAUUGUCACAACCACAACCCACAAGAGUUUGAGGGGACCAAGGGCUGGUAUGAUUUUCUAUCGCAAAGGGCCUAAACCAGCAAAGAAGGGCCAGCCGGAAGGUGCUGAAUAUGAUUUUGAGGACAAGAUCAACUUUGCUGUGUUCCCAUCUCUACAGGGUGGUCCUCACAAUCACCAGAUUGGAGCCUUAGCGGUUGCCCUGAAACAGGCGGCCACCCCUGGAUUCAAGGCGUAUGCCAAGCAAGUUAGGGCUAAUGCAGUUGCCAUCGGGAACUACUUGAUGAGCAAAGACUACAAGCUGGUCACUGGUGGGACUGAAAAUCACCUGGUUCUUUGGGAUCUUCGCCCUUUAGGAUUGACUGGCAACAAAGUUGAGAAGCUUUGUGAUCUGUGCAACAUCACUGUGAACAAAAAUGCUGUGUUUGGUGAUAGCAGUGCAUUGGCUCCCGGAGGAGUCCGCAUAGGUACCCCGGCAAUGACUUCAAGGGGUUUGCUUGAGAAGGACUUUGAGCAGAUUGGAGAGUUUCUUCACCGUGCUGUUACCAUCACCUUGUCGAUCCAGAAGGAAUAUGGCAAGCUCUUGAAGGACUUCAACAAGGGUCUUACAAACAACAAGGACAUUGAGGCACUAAAGGCUGAUGUUGAGAAGUUUUCAUCUUCUUUUGACAUGCCUGGGUUUUCAAUGGCUGCCAUGAAGUACAAGGAUUAAGUUGGAACGAUCACCAGCAAUUGUUAUCAUAUCUUAUAUCUUUGUUGUGUUUGAAUUUAUAAAUCUUAAAAGUUAACUAAAAUGUUUUCUAAAAGGAAAUAAGGUUCAUAUCUUGACCAAAUGGGUUUUGAGCUUGUAGGUUAGCAUGUGGCUUUUGAUCUAAUAGAGAGCAGAUGUAGGUGAUUUGGAAUGGUGUCAACACUUCCAAAAUCUAUUAUGGAUUGUUAUUGUUUCGUUUAUUUACCUUAAAUAUUUGUGUCAAA